AUGCUAAGAUUGAUUUAUAUAUUUCUUAUUGAUUUUUUUAUUGGUAUAUCAGUUAAUUAUUUUUUUGAAUUUAAUUAUGUAAAAUGCAAAAAAAAUAUAUUUCACAUUGAUAAAAUAUUUCCAAAAAUAAAUAAUAAAAAAAUUAAAUUUAAAAACCAAAAGAAAUAUUUUUUUUUAUCAAAAAAUUACUAUACAAAAAAAAAAUAUAUUCCUAAAAGUAAAAAUUUUAAAUAUCACAUAGGAAAUAAUAUAAUACACGGAAUAAAUAACUAUGAUUUAUUAAAUUUUAGUCAUUUGUCUUUUUUUAAACUAAGAAAGUUUAAAAUUUAUAAUAAUUUUGAAAAUGAUAAUUAUUCAGAGAAUAAUAAAGAGGAUGAACAAGAAAAAAAUAAAGAUUUAAAUGAGAAAAAUGAAAAAUGGAAGAAAUUUUUAGAGGAUAAGAGGAGGAAGGAAAUACUAAAGGAUUUAGAAAAUAAAAUACUUAAACAUCGUAAAAAAGAAGAAAAAUGCAAUGAGAAAAACGAUAUUUGUAAUGACAAAGAAGAUUUUUAUUUUAAAGAUGAUGAUGAUGAUGAAAAUGAAGAUGAGGAGGAGGAUGAAAGUGAGGAAGAUAAUAAUUUAGAUUAUUUUCAUAACGAUAACGAAGAAAAUAAUAAGGAUUUUAGUAGCAACAAAAAAGAUGAAAAUAUAGAUAAAAAUAAAUUUUUUGAAGAUAAAAAAAACAAUUCUUCAAUUAAUGAAAAUAUAAAUAAUUUUUUCACAUCAAAAAAAAAAAAUGAUUUCCCUUUGUUUUUUUCACUAAAUAAUAAAUCAUUUGAAAAUAGCAAUAACAAGUAUUUUGAUAAAAUUUGUAGCAUAUCACCAAAUGAAUUAAUUAACAGAUUUUUUGAAAACACAUCUGAAAGAGUUAAGGAAGCAGUAAAAACUACCAUAUUUAAUAUAAUAGGAAAUAUUCAAAAAUACACAAUAGAAACAUCAAUUUUAAUUACUUAUGAUAAAAUAUAUAAUUUUCUUUUGCAAAUUAUUUUAACUGGAUAUAUGAUAAAAAAUGCUGAUUAUAGGCUAAGUUUAAAUGAGUCACUAUAUGAUCAAAAUAAUACAAUCAAUAAAAAAGGAGAGGAUUUUUUAAAUUUAAAAAAAUCUUUUUACAGUCUAUUUGCUGAUAGUGACAAAAUGGAAAAUGAAACGUUAAACUCAAAUGAAUUAAAUAAUAAUAUUAAUUACAAUAAUCUAAAAAACAAAGAUAUAGAUAUAAAGGAAAUUAAUGAAUUUAAUCAUAAUUAUGAUAAAAAUGAAAAGAAAACCAAUUUAAUUGGUCAAUCUUUUGCACAAUAUAAGGAAAUACAAAAUGAUGAUUUCCCCAUAAUUAAUACAAAAAACUAUAUAAUAUUUUUAAGAAAAAAAAUAAACUAUUUAGAAAAUCAAUUGAAAAUAUUAAAAGAAAAUAAGACUUUUCUAAAUGAUGAUUUACUUUCUUAUAUUAAAUCAUUAACAGAUGUUCAAUUACGUUCCUUAACUGAUAAUAUAGGUGCAUUAGUUUUAGAUGCAACAAAAAAAAUAGUAGAAUUAGUAAUUCAAGGAAUGACCCUAAAUAUAAAUAAAAACCUAUCAAAUGAAUUAAUAUACGUAAGUGGUUCAGUUUUAACAUACAUUUGUUUUUGGCAGUUAAUUAUUGGUUAUACAUUGAGAGAAAUGGAAAUAAGAGAUGAACUAUCAGAUUAUUUAAAAGAAAAUUAA